CAUUUAGAUGUUAUUAUGUCGGAGUGAACUAAACAUGGCUGUUGAUGUAUUCGUCGUGAGCUUUAUCUUAGUUUCUCCGUUCAUACCUCUCGGUUAUCUGAUUGUUCCACCAAAGACACCUGUUUUAUCUGGGUUUGAACCUGCUUCUAUCGGCUCCAACCGUGAACUCGUCUGUGAUGUGUCUCAACCUGAUGCCGGGACCAUCACCUAUAAAUGGUAUAAAUACUCGAUUGCUAAUGGUGUAGAGAAUUGGGAACCCAAAGGACCCAUUGGUACAAGUCAGAAGUAUAUCUUCAAUCGAGUGACUGAGAAGAAAGUGUUCCACCCAGGUAACCCUGCAGAGCCUGUCAGUGGGAAGUACCUGUGUCGAGCAUCGAACUCGGCCGGAACAAGAGACAGCGAAUGGGGAGAUCUGUAUGUCUAUACACCAUAUGUAGCUGCAGCAAAUAGCAAGGGAUGCCAUGCUCCAAGUAACCCACGCUACAGUUGGAGCAGCUGCAGUCCACCAAGCAUCUCAUCACCGACAAAGACAUUCAAUCUACAAGUCACCAAUGCUCAGCCUUAUGAUUCUGCUUACUGGAUUUGUCAGGAUAUCGGUCUAAGCUGCAACAGUAACCCAGUCAAGCCAGUUGUGCAAGUGAAACCAGGCAAACCCCAAAUAACCGGGUUUCCACCUGGACCAGUCUCUCCUGGCACUCAACUCGACUUGAAGUGUGGGGCCUCGCCCUCUGGAGACACUUACGAUUGGUACAAAGAUGGUACAAAAGUGACGACAUCGUUGACUUACGACUUCCAAGUGACGAAGGAGAGUGCUGGUGUUUAUGAGUGCGUUGCUCGAAAUAGUGCUGGCUCUUCAACAAGCAAUGAUACGACAUUAGUCGUUUAUUACAAGGCUGAUUCCGUGGUCGUGUCAUCUGGAAACACCUCGUCCCAUGUUGGAGACAAGGACAAGUUCUCCUGCACAGUCUCUGGCGGCAACCCCAUCCCGACCGUGAAGAUCUACUUCAAGAGGUCAGGCGGAACACCAGUAGAGGUCGCCCAAGGUCAAGACAGGGUGAUGGCUAAAGAAGACAACCAGGCUGAGUACUACUGUGUGGCGAAGGUUACUGGGUAUCCCGCCUUGGAUAUGGCUUCAGGCAUAAAGACAUACAGUGUAAUAUACCCAGCAACUGCUAGAUUAUCAUCAGCCCCGACUACAGUGAGAGAAGGUGGUUCUGUCACAUUGACAUGUGAAGCAAGCAGGGGUAACCCGACAGUGUACACCUACAUGUGGUAUUAUAAAAGGACACAGAUACCUGAUUUGACUUCAAGAGAAUACAGAAUACUAUCUAUACAAUACACGGAGGCUGGGGACUAUCAUUGUCGAGUGGUUAACUAUUCGCCAGGGGGCAUAGCCGAUGCAUCUGCGAAGAUUAAUGUUUUUUACAAAGCAAAAUGGGAUCCCAGUCUGCCGAGACUCUUCACCGUUGAAAGCAAACCAUCACGACCAGUCAGGUUUACACUCCACGUCAUCGCCAACCCUCGACCAACUGAUGUUACGUGGUAUCACCCAAAUCACAAGAUGGCAACUGGGGAAAACUUCAUCCCCGCGGACGAAAAUGGGACAAACACACUGAGCAAGGGAUCUGUAGGGACUCAAGACUAUGGGAACUACAUCGUCAAAGUGACUAACUCAGCUGGAGUUUCAUACUUUGUCUUUGAGCUACUUCGGCCAGCUCUUCCGAGUAUCCCCACAUAUACGCUCAUUCGGAAAGAAAAAUUGGUGACCGUGGUGUUCUCGGCGUCUCUGAAGGAGCCAUACACCAAGUUUGAGUUCAAGUUCUGCUUGCCAGGGUAG